AUGACUGUAAUCGAGUGUGUUGUUCCAGGAAUUCAAGAGACAGCGUACCUUACUGCGUUGAAACCUUUUCCUUCGACCCCCAACCUAUUCCUUCCCGAUAAUAACUUACCCCCCGACCCUUCCACCUCAUUAUCCCCAUGCACCGACAUGAAAACGAUGUGGACGCGGUGCCAGUGCCACCUGGAAGUCUGCAUCGGCUGGUACCCGUGCGGCCUCAAGUACUGCAAGGGCAAGGGCCAAACGAAAAACUCGGUGAUGAGCUAUCGCUGCGGCAUAAAAACAUGCAGACAGUGCCACCUGUUCAGGUAUUAUGUGGGACAGAAGCAACAGUGUCUGUGGGACGAAUGA